UUUUUAUGUGCCUACCUAUAAUUAUUUUUAUUAAUUAAAUUAAUCGUUGUUACGAAAACAUUAAAUAAUACUAUAGUUUUAUGGAUGUCAUGAAUGUAGUGUACAAGUCUGGUUCGGUAAACACAAAUUUAUGAUAUUCAAUAUGUCAACAAAGAAAAUUGUGUAUAAAUCAACAAAAGAACACCAUGAAGAAACAGAUUCCCUUAGUUCCCCUUGUUUUCAAAUUAAUUCCGAUGUGGAACUGAAAGAAACCCCUACGACUGGAGAAGAAUAUUUAUUAAAAGUAAUAAACGAAAGGCGACAAUAUUCGUUUGUGACUCGGUGUAACAAAGACUAUACAAAAUAUGCUAGAAAUCAAUCGUGUUUUGUUAAUGAGAUGCCCCAUGCAAAAGCUCCUGAAGUUCUAGUUCCAACGAUAGAAUGGCAAAAUAUACAAGUUGCCGAUUUCUCUGAUACACGCAUGUACAUAUCCCGGAUGCUUGCAAAGAAAUCCCUGUGGCCAACCAAAGUGAAAAAGAUUGAUAUUAAUCCAAAUAACAUUGGAGCUUGGAAAUCGCUUUUUCAAAACGAAGACCCUUCCUUGUCAAGUUUAAUAGGGGCACACAGUGCAGUUAUAGAUAGAGGUCUAGAAAUUUUAGUUGAUGUUUUGGAUCAUAUUAAACCUGGUAAUACAAUAACUCAUAGAACUGGCCAAUGGAUAUAUGCUCUUCUGGCAUGCAUCAGGCAACCACUUCUCUCAGACACUAUUAGCAUUAUUAGAGAUUUAGCCAGAAAAUGUGCAGAAAUCAGGGUACAUCUUGAUCCUGAGAGUGAAGAAACAAAAGUAGCUGUAGCACCAUUAAAUAUUUUCAUCUGUUUAAUAGCAAGAUAUUUCCGACAGUAUGACUUAGCUGACUGAUACAAAGUGUUAGCAUAGUGUCAAAACAAGAACUAUUUGGACAAAUAUUUACGACCUGGUGAGCUUUAUUUUUUAACUCUGAUGUGAUAGUGGUAAUGUAAAUUGGAAUUUAUAU